UCCUCCAACGCAUGCAAUAUGCUUGAGUGCAACGUUGUUGUGUCUGAUUGCUGUCGGGUACCGGGCCACCUGUACAUCUUGCUUUUGACUUGAAGAACCUACAAAAAGCCUCAGGUCCGUCGGCGCCAUGUCGGGUUUUUACGGAGAUAAUCAGAAUCAAAACUACGGAUGGGGCGAGUACAACAUGGGAGAGGACGCCGAUGGGUUUCAGCAGGACAACAUGGGGUUCCAGUCGUUCGACUACGGUGGUGCCCCUACGCGGCCCGACAGUGGCGCCCCCAGCUCGUACCUGCAGCCGGACCCGGCCAUGUACGCCGGCAGCGUGCUCACGCCUGAGCCGACCCCGCAGUUCCAGGAGGGACCGGCCGGCGAGUUUGACCAGGAACCUCCUCUGCUGGAAGAACUCGGCAUCAACCCUGACCACAUCAUGCAAAAGCACUGGGUUCUAGCGUGCUGAGACACAUACAACAUCG